UUGCGAAACGACGCUGGGAAACAGGAAGCUCAGAAAAAAAAAAAAAAAAAUCUUGACAACUAAACUGCACGUAAGCUUCUGCCUCACAUUUACUCGUGUUCUCCCAGCUAAUUACGGUCUGGAAAACUGGUGUUAUCUGGUCUCAACCUAUUAGACCAAAAUGGGGUGCUUCUUUUCGAAGAAAUCCAAAAGAAAGUCACCCGAAAAAGAGGAUCCUACGCCGACGACGACGACUGUUGAAACUACGACGACAAGCAACGCGGUUCCCCUUGGCAACAACACCGACGAGGCUCCGAAGCAGUACAGCUGGGAUAAGAGGGAAAAGGUUGAUCCUAAAGACUACAUGCUGACAGGGCUCAAAGAUGUCACGGUGGGUCGUCUGCCCGGCAAACUGAACGGCCAGCAGUUUGUCAUCCAGGAGUGCGAGAACUGCAACAUCUUUGUGUUAGACCAUUCAGCGACUAUCACCAUCGAUGACUGUGUCAACUGCCGCAUUGUUCUCGGACCUGUCAAGGGCAGUGUGUUUUUCAGAGACUGUAAGGACAUCAAGUGCGUGGUGGCCUGUCAGCAGUUUCGCACACGGGACUGUAAAAAGAUGGAGGUUUUCUUGUGCUGCGCCACUCAGCCCAUCAUCGAGUCGUCCACGGGGAUGAAGUUCGGCUGCUUUCAGUACUACUACCCCGAGCUGGCCUUCCACUUUAAGGACGCCGGGCUCAGCAUAUUCAACAACAACUGGAGCAACAUCCACGACUUCACCCCAGUGUCCGGAGAGAACAACUGGAGCUUGUUGCCAGAGGCUUCAGCGGUUCUGGAUUUUGUACCAGCCCCGGAUGCAGAGUCUGAAUUCAAGUCUGUUCGAAUCUCUGGUGACCCCACACGCAGCAUCGUGCCUUUGACAAAGGGAGGGAGGCGUAAGGACAGCGAAGAGUCCUGCCUCUUUGUUUUCUUCGCUGGAGAGUACACCACUGCAAAUGCCCGCAAAAUGAUUGAUGAGGCAUCUGCUAAAGGAUUUGUGCUGAUCCAGACAAAAGAAGUGUCAAUGCGACCUGAAGAUGUGAAGCGAGUGUUUCAGAACAGUGCAGAGGAUCUGGUGGAGUGGAUCACCAAAGGUCCUGUCAUUGCCCUCGAGCUGAACGGUGACGGAGUCGUAGAAGCCUGCAAGAACAUCGCUAAUGAAGUGUUCAGUGGGACCAAGGUUUUUGUCUCUGACAACAAAAAUACAUCCUCUCGAGAUGUGGACAACUUCUUCAACUUCGCUGACAUGCAGAUGGGGCUGUGAAUGAGCGGCACAUUAUAAACCGCUCAUCAGACUUUCAAUUUGAUUUCCCAAACCCCCUGCCGUCCAGCCCAGUUACUGUCCUCAAAAAUUAGGUAGGAAGGAAAAAUAUUAAGGACUGUGUUUGAUCAAGCCUUGGAUAGAAACAGUUAAGUUCAUCAAGCAUGAGUCCGCAGAGGACGCGCUGUACACCACUUAACAUCCACUAGUCGCUCAGAGUGCUGUGAAUAUUUAUAGUUCUAUGAAUGUAUUCUGUAAUUCUGUUGCUUUUAUCGAUUGUGAAUGUAGCUCUUUGCUGUAAAUUCUGUAAUUCAUUUUAAUUUAAAGCUUUGUUUUUCUUUGCUGUCUGAAGCCGUCGUUGCAGUGGAAAAAAAAACAAAACACGAGCACAAGAAUGCCUGAGGGAAAAUAUUUUAUAUAUACAUAGAUCAUAUUUUUUAUUUCUUCCGAGGAUUUAUUUGUGUAUGUGGUUUAGAUAAUGGACUUGUUCAAAAUGUGUAUAUUUGAGACAUGUUGUGUAGACGAUAACUACAUAUUUGUUAAUAUCCGUUAGGCCAAAGUUGACUUGUGGAAGAUUGAGUGUAUCUCACUGUUGUAUCUCAUUCAGAUUAACUGAUCAGUUUACACCAAAUAGUGUAAACACAUGCUGGGUUUCAAUGUAGGCAACUCAUGGGAUUUAUUUUUUAUGUCAUGAUAUUUGUUUUGUACUCUUUAACAAAUGUUUUUGUAUAGACACAUCAUUUUUUUUUAGUUAAGGUUCCAUAACAUGUGACUUCAGGUUUUUCACACGUGUACUCUCAAAGUGACAUGAUUGUAAUAUUAGUUUUAUAGGGUGACAAACACGAGCCAAUGCAGUUAUCAGCAGUUUAAUCACAAUAUGGUAAAUAACCUGUCUUCCUUAGUUAGUGUAGUUUUAGCUCAGGUCACCAUCACAGGGUUUCCAGUGGUCAUAUGAGGAACAUCGUGUUUCCUCUUUGUAGUCUGAUCUACAUCUCCCCUGCAAGAGCUCCUAAAGUUUAAUUUGAUCAUGUUUGAACACGCUGUAAAUGUAAAUACUCCCCUCUGUCUGACUGUGUAUUACUCUGUCAUGCUGGUAAAACAUUCUGAAAAUUACUCACCAAUUUAGUGAUUUAUUUUUCUCGAGGCUUAGAAACAUCCUCCAGUGUUUCCUCGAAACGGGGUGAAUCAUGACUUUGAGUUUAGGGAGUUCAUCAACAAUGUGCCGUCUUCCUCUGUGAAUCAGUUAGCAGCUAAUCUAUCUGAAUUCCACCUACCGAAGCAGCACUUGUCUCACUAUCGCUUGUUCCAGCCAACAGCCUGACCUCCCCCAGUCCGUCCUGAGGCCUAUCACAGAUUAAUUUAUCACAUAUUCAAUUAAAGCUAAAUUUAGCCGGACACAUCAAACGGUUUUGUACAGUUGCCUUUUAAGAAAGAAAACGUAAACAGGGACUUGUUGUGAUGUACUUUUUGUAUUUGUAAGUCUUUUGUACCUGAGCAUCCAGUUUUUGUAGAGCGAUUGAUUUGUCUUAAUGAAUGCACAUUUGUCUGUAACUUGUUGUUUCUUACACUUAAAUGACACCCUGUCUUUAUAAGAUGGCAGAGUCACAUUAAAAAACGUAUAGAAUAUCUGAAAAGAAA